CGAAUUAGCCUUUAUCAAAGCACACCUCAGCAGCAGCAGCAGCCGUCCGUCGCUUAGCAACCAACGCCACAAUGUUCAAACUGUUCGUCGUCGCCGCCGUGGUUGCCGUGGCCGCCGCCCAGAACCCGCAGGAUGCCCAGGCUCAGGUGCUGGUGUCGGAUUCGGCCGUAAACCCGGACGGCUCGUACAACUAUCGGUACGAGACGAGCAACGGGAUCCAGGCGCAGGAGAGCGGCGUCGGGGGCCAGACGGCGCAGGGUAGCUACUCGUACACCGGGGACGACGGUGUCCAGUACCAGGUGACGUACGUGGCCGACCAGAACGGCUUCCAGCCGCAGGGUGCCCAUCUGCCCGUCGAGGGACCCGCUCCCGAGCACGUCCUGAAGACGCUCCAGCUGAUCCGUGCCAACCCACCGCGUGACGACCCGAACUUCAGCCUCGACGCCCUGGACGCGGCCAUCGCGCGGCUGAGCGGCAAGAAAUAGGACGGGCCAGCCAAGGAGCCAGUCAUUGCCAAGGUCUUCCAAGGUGUUCCAGCCUGGACACUGGAACUCAAGUCACUAUCGAGCGGAGAAGAACCCUACCUGACGCAUACUCCAGCCCCGACGUUUAGGACGUUGACCGCCCCAAUUUCCUCCUCCUUCUACAUUCCCCACCUUCUUUUUCUAUCAGAAGCCAUAAUGUCCCCACUCUUUCUGUCCACCACCCGAAACACAGCACGAAACGUCUGUAAAUAGUCCGUUGCUAGUUUGUAAAUAAAACAAUCGACUUAAA